AUGCCUCAUUGUGCGAUCUGUCGAGAGGAACACGAAGAUGCUGCCGAGCUGAGACUUCACAUUUGGAACAGCGCAGAUCACCCAUAUAACGCCUAUUGCGAGAUAUGUACUACAUGGUUCGCAGAGGAGAAGGACCUGUUUUCACACUUUUACUACCAGCAUUUCAGAUGCAGUACGUGCGACUGGAACUUCGUUGAUGGAAAUGCACUGCAACAACAUCUCAGGGACAAGCCUGAGCACAAAAACAAAAACAAUUACUGCCUCCUAUGCAAUCUGUACUUUGAAGACAUCGUUCACCACAGUAUUGAUACAUUUCACAACCAUAAGUCCGUAUCGACUGCACAUCCCUGGUGUGAUGUCUGUUCCCUGGAAACCAAGUCUCUGGAAUCGUUACAUGACCACUUCAUGGCCAUGCCAAGCGACCAUCACUUCUGCGUGCUUUGUAAGACAAUAUUUUCUCAGGAGGAUGAAUAUGAGUUCCAUGCCAACAAGCAUCACACCUGGUGUUCGAUUGAUCGCAAGGUCUUCGCAACUGAGCAAGCAUACAAAACACAUGUUAAAGCCAAUCAGGACACUCAUUUCUACUGCAUCAAGUGUGAUGAAGCUUUUACAUCGGCAGAACAGUUGGAAUAUCAUGUUUGGCGCAACCGCGCAACACACGAGACUCCCCCAGUUGACCACGAUGCCUCCCAAGACUUCCAAUAA